ACUUCAUGAAAGAUAAGGGGCAUAUCAGCAAAUGUUCCGAAACCCGUUUUGAGCGAAGAUUAUUGAAGUUUCUAAACAUUAAAACAUAACAUCAGAAUUGUAGUUCGGAUGUAGCCAACAGUGGGCGAAUGUAACGGCUGAAAACACUACACACGGAGAAGGGUUUGCAAGAGACGCUAACGUUAGUUAGUGACAAGCAACCAUAACUUAAUUGUAAACACAUUGGGUUAGUUAUGUAUGGACUGGUGCCCUGGGUGUGUGGAGAACAAUGAAAUGGAAAUGAAGCCAGCGAACACCGAGAGUGGUGUCCCUGUACUUCAUUCAGCAAAAGAGGUGUGCAAACUCAAGAAAUUCACCCCAGAUGAGGUACUGGUACCAAAUCCCAGCUUCAAAGAAAAUCAAGGAAUGAAAAGAAAGAGAAAAGCACUUCCUUUGAAAGUGGAAGGAAGAAUUGAAAAAGUCAAAGAGGAGAAGGAUGACAAGGAUAUACAACCUGGAAGUCUAUCGAUAUAUGAAUUGGAACGGUUGGAAAAUAUCAGACAAAACCAAGUGUUCCUGUCCUCCAUAAAACUGCUUGAGGCCAAGCAGGAUCUGAAACCAGAAAAAACACAGCGAGGUCUCAAGAGACAGAACAAUAAGGUAGCCUGGACAGAGGUACUGCCUCCUCGCACCAAGUCCUUGAGAAUCCAGAAGAAGGUAGCAGAGCGACUCCCCCUGCCCCCGGAACCACACAGGAUUUAUUAUGAAGUCGAACGAAUUGAACGUGCCAGGAAGCCAGAGGGUCCCAUUAGUAUGGAGCCAAUCAACAUGGUGGAGGAUAGUUCACUGCCACCUGAACUUCUCAAGCUGUGGACAGAGGAUUUAAUAAAAGAAGAGAAGGAGGAGUUGGGUCUGGGAGAGUACCGUAGUACUCUGAAGAGCAUGGAGCUGAGUGAGAUUGGAGGAGUAGCUAAGGUGGUGAAGAGUCGUAUCUUCUCUGUUGCCUUCCACCCGUGUAGCAGUCGUCUGCUCAUGGCUGCUGGGGACAAGUUGGGUGGAGUGGGGCUGUGGAACCUCGACUCUGAUAUGGGGGAUGAGGGCGUGCUGCUAUUUGAGCCACACGUCCAGCCGGUGGCCUGCAUGGCCUUCUCCAGGUCACAUCCUACAGACCUGUUGACCCUCAGCUACGACGGGACGCUACGGAGCACAGAUGUGGAGAAAGCCGUUUUUGAUGAGGUGUAUCGGAUCAAGGAUGGCUUGAGAACCUUUGACUUCCUGUCACAUGACUGUUCGACGCUGGUCACCGGGGACUGGUACGGAGACGUUGCCAUCGUUGACAGGCGGACUCCAGGAACCUCUCAUGAGUCCCUCCAUAGCCUGGAUACCAAGACGGUUCGCUGUGUUCACGUCCACCCUGUUCAGAAGCAGUACAUCAUGGUGGCUGAGAACAGUAUUGUGAGCAUUUACGAUGCUCGAUGUUUGAAGGCGUCGUCGAGAGAGCCAGUCUCCCAGCUCUAUGGUCACUCAAAGAGCAUCUCAAGUGCCUACUUCUCUCCUGGCACUGGCAACAGAGUAGUGACCACCUGCCUAGACAACAACAUCAGGAUUUACGACACCUCAGAACUAACCUCCAGAGCUCCGCUACUGACCUCCAUCCAACAGAACUUGUACACAGGGCGCUGGCUGUCCAAGCUGCAGGCGAUGUGGGACCCCAAGAGGGACGACUGCUUCGUUGUGGGCAGCAUGCAGCGGCCUCGCAGAGUCCAGGUGUUCCAUGAGAGUGGGCAGCUCCAGCACUCCUUCCAGGACCCAGAGAUGACCACCGUGCUCUCAGUCACAGCCUUCCACCCCACCAGGAACGCUCUACUGGGGGGCAACUCCUCCGGGCAGCUGUAUGUCUUCACCGACUGAGAGCAGGAUGCCUGUAUGUGUUCGCUGCCUGAGAUGAGAAACCUGGGCCAUUGUUCACAAAACAUCUGAGUAAGAGUCCUGAUCUAGGAUCAGGAUUAUUCAUCAUUAUUCAUCCUCCCUAUUAUUCAUUAUGAUCUGGAAGGCUAAACUGAUCGUAGAUCAGCACUCCUACUCUAAAAUGUUUCAUGAUACGGGCCCAGAACACAUGCUUAGAAUAGACCAAAAUCAGUUGUUUUAUGUUUUUUGCAAGCUGCCUUUGAUAUUGUUGUUUUCUAUCAAAUCAUUGAUGUUUUGUUAGUUUAAAUAAAGUUGUAUAUUUAGCCGAAGUUGUGCUUUUCAUGUAGUUUAGCUCUUUCAUUGGCUGUAUUGUACCCGCAGUGAAUUUUGUGAUUGAUGGUUUUAUUCUUUCAUUAAAAACUACCAGAAUUCA